GCAGGUUACUGAGCCAUGGGAAGCGGAUAUAACUGAGGAGGACAUGGAGGAAUAUGUAUGGGAUUCAGUGCAUCGCUCUGUCAUGACUGCGCUGGCUAGGAUGAAGAGCAAGGAUAACAUUGGCGGCGACUUGAGCCCGGGGGAAGAGCUGGAUUACCUGAGGUCACCGGAGGUCAGCGGGUAUCGGGACGCCGUGACAGCCCUCCGGAACACGAAGGAGAGCCACGAAUCGCGAUCGCUGGAGAGAUACAAAGCAGCGGCCUUGAAUCUUCUGCAAAUGAGCAGUAGGGAGGAGGCACAAACAUUACGAGUGACAGCAAGGUUCCCAGUCAGGGACGUGGCAGGGUAGGGA